AUGGCUACCCCCAGUGUCCUUACCUUUGAUGCUGAGGGUCGUGCUGUUGACUUUGAGGUCUGGGUCGAUAACCUCCAGCUGUUCCUCCAGUGCGAUAGGGCAGACGGACUCUCUCUGUUCGAUCUCACCUCUCGUGUCUCUCCUGCCCCGCCGACUACUGCUGACAGCACUGUUUGCUCACAGUGGGCCACACGCGAUGCUGCUGCCCGUCUUGCUGUGCGUCGCCACUUACCGACCACUGAGCGUGCGCACUUUAGUCAGUACAAGAGUGCUAAGACCUUGUACGAGGCUGUAGUUGCACGCUACUCUUCCCCUGCCACUGCUGCUCUUAGCCGCCUCAUGCUGCCGUACCUCUUCCCUGACCUUGCUGCCUUUCCCACAGACGCUGACCUCAUUACGCACCUUCACACUAGUGACACUCGCUACCGCGCUGCGCUUCCUGCUGAGGACCACUUCCUCUCAGUUUGCCCCACCACACUCACCGUUGACCUCCUCGAGGAGCGCCUCCUAGCAGCAGAGAAGAGCAUAGUCACUGUAGGAGCCUCUCGUGGUGACCCUCGCACCCCCGUCUUUGAGGGGUGUUCCCCCUCCCCCCUCUUGCCCUCCGUUGCUUGUGUUGCUGCGGCCGACCUCGUUGGUUUCGAGUCGGUCGGCGCUGCGUCUGCCCCUAGCGGGAGACGCCGCACAGGCAAGGGCAAGGGGGGCAAGGGCACUGGAGGGGCUAGCGGGGGCGAUGGAGGUGGUGGUGGAGGCAGUGGAGGGGGUGGGGGUGGUGGUGGGAGUGGUGGCGGGGGUGGAGGUGUCAGUGGCAGCAGUGGAGGCGGAGGAGGCGGCGGAGGUAGCGGAGGGGGCGGAGGCGGCGGCGGCAGCGGUGGAGCUGGUAGCGGCUCUGCGCAGAGAAGUGGUUCCGGUGGUGGUCCGCGCCAGCAGCAGCAGUGCGCUCGUGAGACCCCGUCCCCUGAGCAGCUUCGUGAGUGGUACGCUGGGCGUCAGCGAGGUGGGGGUACUGGUCCUUGUACCUACGUCCUCCGUACCGGCGAUUGCGCUAGUGAGCAGUGUGGGGGCCCGCACUCCACCCAGCGCUGCUUCGACUGCCUGACGGACGCGUGGCGUCACCAGUUCCCUAACGCCACUGAGAUCCCUCGCUGGGGAGAGCUGUCUAGGGCGGGGAUUGCUAUCUUUGAUCUUGAUUAUGAUGCUAUUCUUGCUGCCAUGUAUGCUGUGUCUACUAGUGAUGAGGGUGACUGUUACCUAUGUGUUCCGCCUGACCCGGGCAUUGAGGCUGCUGCUCUAGGUGCUGCUGGUGAGGCUGCUGCUCUAGGUCCUAGUGCGUCUGCUGCCCCAGGAGCUGCCCCCUCUGGCACCCUAUCAGGUCUCUACCUCCCCUCGUUCUCUAAGAACUUGGUGAGUGGAGCUGAUCUACAGGAUAGGGGGGUUGACCAGUUCACUCCUGCGAGUCAGCGGGUGACCCACUGUACGUGUGCUCGGACGGGCCGACAUUUGGCCACGUUUACCCGUCGGCCGGGGUCGAGCCUGUACACACUGACUACUGAGUCUCCUUCGGCUGCUGCGUCUGGUCAGGUAGCUGCGUCGAGUCAGGUGUUUCCUGCAACGUCCAGGUCUGGUCCUGAGUCUGCUCCCUGCUCGUGUCGUCUCCUGUCUCACGAGACUCUCCUUUGGCACCACCGCCCUGGUCACCCCUCCCUGCCUCGUCUCCGAGGCAUGGCCUCUCGUGUCCUUGUCUCUGGUCUCCCCCGGUCCCUUCCUCCCCUACCUCCGGGGCCUACCCCUACCUGCGUUCCUUGCGUCGAGGGGCGGCAGCGCGCCGCCCCUCACUCCUCCGAGUUUCCUCCGACAGAGGCUACGCUGCAGACUCUUCACAUGGACGUGUGGGGCCCCGCCCGCAUCCGUGGCCAGGGUCACGAGCGUUACUUCCUGUUGGUGGUUGACGUCUACUCGUGUUACACCACGGUGUUCCCCUUACGCAGCAAGGGUGACGUCAGUGAGGUGCUGAUUGACUGGAUCCGCGCAGCUCGUCUCCAACUCAGAGAGAGUUUCGGCUCAGACUUUCCUGUUCUGCGUCUGCACUCUGACGGAGGCGGGGAGUUUUCCUCUGCCCGUCUGGGAGCCUUCUGUCGUGCACAGGGCAUCCGCCAGACCUUCACGCUUCCGGCCUCUCCACAGCAAAAUGGGAUUGCUGAGCGCCGCAUUGGCAUGUGCGGAGAUAACUGUUGCAACGGGAGCUAG